AUGUCCGCCGCCUAUGGAACACAGCUGGAGCUGCAAUAUCCCAUCGACGACACGCUGGAGUAUUUCAUCAAGUUUCCCUCGCCGAACUUUCGGAGCGACUCCCAAACGGCCGAAAGUGACUAUGUGUUCGUUUGCAACGAAACGAACGUCCCCAUCGUGCUGCUGCUUGGUUGGGCCGGAUGCCAGGACAAGUAUCUCAUGAAGUAUUCGAAAAUUUACGAGGACCGUGGGCUCAUCACCAUCCGCUAUACGGCCCCGGUGGAAAAUUUGUUCUGGAAGCGGGCCGGUAUGCAUCAGAUUGGGGAGAAAAUUUUGAAGCUUAUCUACGACAUGAACUUCGACAGCCAUCCGCUGAUAUUCCACGUGUUCUCGAAUGGAGGCGCAUUUUUGUACCAACACAUCGCGCUUGCCUUGCGGCGCUCCAAAUCGCCAAUUAACAUUUGUGGCAUGAUUUUCGACUCGGCUCCGGGCGAUCGGCGGAUAGUGGGACUUUACCGUGCUAUUACGGCCAUCUAUGGAAGGGAGCGGCACUGCAACGCCCUACUGUCCGCUUUAAUGGCCAUCGCGGCCAUUGUACUGUGGACGUUUGAGGACGCCUUCAACUACAUACUCAAUUUUAUCAAACCACGUGGCUACGAAGUACAAACCAAUCCGUCGCACAAUCUUAAGUACGAAAGCAACGCCUGGCCACAGUUAUUCCUGUAUUCGAAGGACGACCUUUUGAUACCGCACACAGAUAUUGAAAAAUUUGCCACUUACAGACGGCGUUGUGGUGUGGACGUACGUAUGGUGUGUUUCGACCGUUCGGAGCACGUUAAGCAUUAUAUCCGGCACCCUCAGCAGUACAUUUACACCGUGUGCAAAUUUAUCAACGACUGUUUAUCCCAUUACUACAACAAAUUUCACAACUAAAUAUCGAGCUUCGGAGGGUCUGCUCAUUUCCAUAGGAUGCGGUGCGUUAUUUUAUUCACAUUUUCCAAACAAUUUUCUCAUUAUGCAGAAAAGAAUAGCAAACAGCCCCUUCCAGCGCGUUCAUGCUUGGUCAUGGUGCCACAAACCAGCGCACAUUUGAUACAAAAUAUCGAAACCAAACACUCCUGCAAGGGGUGGGUAGAUACGCUCACCUGCCUGAUGAACUUAGCGAUUUCCCUGGGGAAGUAGUAAAUUUAGCAAUGUUCUUUUACGUGAUCUGCAUAGCAAUUACCCUUUUGUGAUUCUCUUAGAAUUACUAAGCAUGUUUAAAAUGCCUUAAUUCGAAACGCACAAGGUCGUGCGGUCGUACGUUAAACUUUUCAAAAGGGUAGAAAUAGUAAUAGCUCCGAAUCGUGUAAGUGUUGGCUCACGAUCAUCCCGACGGAAGGAAAUCAAAUCUCAGUAAAACAUGGUGUCCGGGGUAUUCCAAUGAUUCGAGAGUUACAACAUACAGA